UUUGACGGCGGUAGCCGGCAAUCGACCAUAGAUAAUAGAUAAUAAAGAUUCUUUAAUCGUUAUUAUCAAUUAUUACCAUUUACCAUGCACGCAAUGAGCACCAUGAGUUUAUAACAUUAGGGUUAUUAUCUAUGAUUAUUGAUUACAAAUUCUAAAUUGCAAUCCAUUUUUUUUAAAAAUAUUCUUACGUAUCAGUAUCGUCCAUUGUCAAUAACAUGUCUUACCAGUUGCUACAUUAUUCACGACUUUCCUUGUCACGAAUCACAUCUCGCGAGUCUAAACUCUAGAGAGUAGAGAUCCCCGAUCACAUAACUUAACGUCACGAGCCCGUUUGUCAAUUUUUAUAAACAGUUAACGCUACUGCGACGAUGGACGACACUUCCAUCAUCAGCUCACUGACCAAGAUCAAGGUUCACAGCCUCAAACGUAAAGCUCCGUCCUCCACUGGGUCUAGCAAGAAACAAAAGAGGUUCAAAUCUGAUGACACGUGCAGUGAACUUUCCAUGACCACUUCCGAGGCGUAUGGUAUCAAAAAAGUCACCGACGAUUUCGACUUAGAUGAUGAUCAACCCCUUACAAACAAGCCCGUCGAGUUUAUAAUAUUAGAUACAUCUCAACUGAAUAGAAAUAAUGGAGUUUUGUUUUCUGAAGAUCUUAACGAUGACUUUGAAGUUUGGACAUUGCAAUGUCCUGAUGAUAUAGAUAUUAAUAGUCUACUCUCACAAUCCAUCAGUUUCAAUGAUGUGAGAAAAUUGGAAAUUAAAAACACAAUGUCUGAUAAAGUUGAUUUGAUACCUUACAGAUGUCAAGAAGGAACAAAUAUUACUAUUGUGACUCCAAGUGAAAGAACAAGCAAUUUAUCCUUGAAUGUGGUUCCUUUAGCUGGAACAUUGAUCAUGUGUAAUCGAAUUAAGAAAGACAAAUUAAGUAACAAUGGCUUACUUCCAGUUGAUACUAUAGAAGAUGCGACCAGAAGAAGAUCAGAAUUAAUGUCAAAAAUUACUAAAAGACUAUCAAAUAAAUAUGAAACCAAUGCAUUUAUGAACACAGAUUUAAAACAAGAGAUUAAGGUGGAAAAAGAAUCACCUAGAAAAGUUAAAAAAAAUAAAAAAAAAAAUUGAAUUAUACAUAA